AUGUUUAGUAGUCUAUUUAUAUAUUGAAGGGUAUAUUUAAUGAUUAGUUUUGAUCACAAAUCUCAACGAAGAAUCGUUAGAUCCAGCGGAAGUUUUAUCAGACUAAGAAAACUCUUAAAGGUUGCAAGAAUGGUGAAGAGAGCGGUAGUGAUAGGAAUCAACUACCCAGGCACCGCGGAGGAGUUACAAGGCUGCGUCAACGACGCCCGUCGGAUGCAUAAGUGCCUCCUUGACCGGUUCGGAUUCGCUGAGGAAGAUAUCACGAUGCUGAUCGACACCGACAAAUCUUACACUCAACCCACCGGAAAGAACAUCCGUCAGGCUUUGUCGGAGCUCGUAACGCCAGCAAAGUCCGGUGACGUGUUAUUCGUUCAUUACAGUGGACACGGCACGAGGGUCCCACCGGAAACAGGGGAAGAAGAUGAUACAGGUUUUGACGAGUGUAUCGUUCCUUCCGACUUAAACCCAAUCCCUGAUGAUGAUUUCAGGAGUUUAGUGGAACAAGUUCCAGAGGGGUGUCAGAUAACGAUUGUAUCAGAUUCUUGUCACAGCGGCGGACUCAUCGAUGAAGCUAAGGAACAGAUCGGGGAGAGUACCACGACGAAGCCAGAUCCAGAACAAAAAGUUUCUUCUUUUGAGUUCGACUUUGGGAACUGUUUGCAUAGCGUUUUUGUGAAAUUGCUUGCCUUUUGUGGAAUCGGAAGUUCACAUGUAGAAACGGACGAGAUCGCAGAAGAAGUAGGAGACAGUGAUGGAGUUGUCAAAUCAAGGUAUCUGCCGUUGGAGAGGUUCAUCGCACUUCUCGAACAACAAACUGGGCAAGACAAUAUCGAGAUUGGGAAAAUCAGACCGACCCUUUUCGAUGCCUUUGGUGAAGAUUCGAGCCCCAAGAUAAAGAAGUUCAUGAAAGUGAUUCUCACCAAGCUAAGGGAAGGAAAUGAUCAAAGUACGUUACUUGGUAAGAUAGAAGAAAGUGCUCGAGGGUAUAUAGAAGAUAAGCUGAACGAUGAAGACUACGUGAAACCCGCAAUGGAGGCACAUGUGAAGAGCGACCGUGAGAUUUAUGGAGGAGGAUCAUCAAGCAACGGAUUGUAUCCAGAACGAGGGAUUCUGUUGAGUGGAUGUCAAACAGAUGAGACAUCAGCAGAUGUUAAGAAGAAAGGAGAAGCGUUUGGCGCGUUUAGCAACGCUAUCCAAAUGGUUUUGUCGGAGACCGGUAAAGAUAAGAUUACGAACAAGGAAAUGGUGUUGAGGGUAAGAGAGAUUCUGAAGAAACAGAGGUUUACUCAGAGACCAGGAUUGUACUGUAAUGACCGUUUUGUGAAUGCUCCAUUUAUAUGCUAAUUAACUAUGGUGUGUUGAUUGAUUAGAGGUUCUUCUUUCACUCAAGACUCUGUGGAUUCUAGUAGUGGACAUGAUAAAAAAAAACAAAGGUAUGUAAUCUUAUGAAGUAACUAUUGGUUUA